GCCUGCGACCUCCAUCAGGGAGGGGAUGGCCGAUGGCGACGCCCCCAUCCCCCAGAUUUUGGGAAUCUUAGCAGUGGAGGUCCCACUUAAAUCCCCCAAAUUCGGAAUGAGUCCGCAAUUUGUGUUUCCGCACUGAAAACCUUUUCAAAUAGAGGAUUCUUUUUUUUUUUUUUUUUUGGGGAUGAAUUUUCAAUGAGAGGUACUUUUUUUAGCUGAAUUUUCAAUGAGAGGUACUAGGUGGAUAGAUACUAUGUCCGGGAUAAUGACAUGCAGUGAGUGGAACUGAGCUUUUGUUCAUGCACCCGGCGCAUGCACGCCCACGGGCUAAGGCCAACCGCCUGGCUUCCAUUCAACGUGCAGUGUUCGCGUCUGUGGGCUUACAUGCACCCGUGUCCAUGCAUUGCCUCAGGGAACUCUUCUCCUCCGCCUCUCUAUGAUCUCCCUCGCUCCCUCUCUCGAGGACUCUCAAUGUCUUUUCCGUCACUCUCCUUCAGUCAGCGUUUACAGUCUUCGCCGGUACGGACAUUGCAUCUGUAGCAUCCGGUGGUCGGAGCUGAAGCCCAACCGUCACCUCGUUGCAGAGAGGUUUACUCUGUGAAAGAUGGCUGACAGCGAAAGUGAAAGAGCAAAGUUCUGCCGAUUAUGAAGAUCCUCAGAUUCAGCGAAAGAAAGACGAGAUUCUCAACAGUGAGCGGGCCAAUAUAUGGUGCUCCGAGACCUGAGUCUCUCUCCCACAAGAACCGAGGUGGGGAAGGGCGGAGGGAGGUGGAACUUACAACACAGAAAUUUCCUUCUUUCAGUAUGAAGGAUCCGAACGAUUGGCCUGAAGGAAGUAAUGCUGGUAGAAAUGAGCAUUUCCUGAUGUCUGGGCAGCUGGACAUGUGCAAUGACCCUUACUGCAGAACUUGCCCGACCUAUUACCAUUAUGACGAAGCAAAACGUAAAACAUCAAAAAGUUUGAGGGAAUUUGAUUCGUGCCGUAAGGAGGAUGCAGAGGGACGGGCAAAGAGAUUUAAAUCUUAUAUUUUCAGCUGUGUACCCUGUGUUAUGAAUCCUCAUGCUAAAGUUGUUCAGCUGCGGAGCAAGUUCUUUGUCAUAUCUUGCUUGGUCGCAGUCGUCGUCGACCCUCUGUUCUUCUUCUUGCUGGGAGUUCAAUUGGAUAAUAAGUGCAUAGUUUUGAACGGAACCAUGACCACGACGAUAGUUGUUUUCAGAUGCGUGACUGAUUUCAUGUACAUCCUUCACAUACUUCUUCAGUUUAGGUUGGCCUAUAUAGCUCCCGAGUCGAGAGUGGUUGGUGCCGGAGAUUUGGUUGGCAAUCCAAGGAAAUCGCCCUCAAUUACCUGCAAGGGUAUUUCUUCAUAGAUCUCUUCAUUGUAAUACAGCUCCCUCCGAGCAACUGACCUUGAAGAAGUCACGAGGCUCUUUGCAAGGUCCUUUCAGAAUCCUCAGAUUCAAGGAGUCAUAAGGUUUGCUUCCAUCUAAAACUACUUCGCAGAGAACCGAUUCUAUUCGGUCGAGAAAUUGUGAUAUGGCUUUCCAUCUCAACAGGUAUGUAUCGCCCUACUGGAGAAGAUUUGCAGCAACUGCAAUCCAAGUCGCAUGGAGAUAUAGGAAGAAAUGUAAAACUCGCAACACCAAUUCUCGGUCCCUACACUCUAGCAAGUAAAACUCAUGAACUUUUGUCUUCAGAGAAUUUGAGAUACGCUAUUAUACCGGGCUUCUAGCAGCUCCUAUGAGCAGCGAAAUGUAAUGACAUGUCAGCUAGGAUCAUUCUUAUUCUAUAUAUUUCAGGAUACCGAAUAUGUUGUUUAGAUCAGUUGUUCGGGUCAGUACUUGUUUAUUAAACUUCAAUGCUAAAGGUGAAAUUAUCUUGU